GGCCGGUACGGACCGGCGGGGACCAGCGAGAGGAGCGGAGGGCCCGGCCGGGUGGCUUAGUGGCCCCGGCGACGCCACCUCUGCGUGUCCGCCCUCCCGCGCCUGGCAUGCUCGCCCCUAGCCACCGGCGCUCACCGGGGUCCCAGCCGAGGCUGGGAAAGCAGGGAAGGGUCGCCCAGCCGACCGCACCCGGACGAGCGCACGUGGCUCCGGCCACCGCCUUGGGCUCCAGACGGGACCCUUGUUGGGAACCGGCCCGACCGCGGAGACCCCUAGUUGGGUGUGUCAACGCCGCCGGCUGGAGAACCCCUGGCCAGAAGUUUGCGGCUGCUCACAUCUGGAAGGACCUCUCCGCCGUGCAGGCCGAACCGACAGAGCGGAGGCUAUCACAGGUGUUAUACAGACCAUGAACUGACCACUGGUCCCAGACCUUGAUGAGCACAGUGUGAGGCACCUGACAGGAACCUAGCAACCCUUCCUCUCUGGCACUAAGGACUCCCAGAGAAGAUGGGGAGGAAAAAGAUUCAGAUCCAGCGAAUCACUGACGAGCGGAACCGCCAGGUGACAUUCACUAAGCGUAAGUUUGGGCUGAUGAAGAAGGCUUAUGAGCUGAGUGUGCUGUGCGACUGUGAGAUCGCGCUCAUCAUCUUCAACCACUCCAACAAACUGUUCCAGUAUGCCAGCACCGACAUGGACAAGGUGCUGCUCAAGUACACUGAGUACAAUGAACCACACGAAAGCCGUACCAAUGCCGACAUCAUUGAGACCCUGAGGAAGAAGGGCUUCAAUGGCUGCGACAGCCCAGAGCCCGAUGGGGAGGAUUCACUGGAGCAGAGCCCCCUGCUGGAGGACAAGUACCGACGCGCCAGUGAGGAGCUGGACGGGCUCUUCAGGCGCUAUGGGUCAUCUGUCCCGGCCCCCAACUUUGCCAUGCCUGUCACAGUGCCCGUGUCCAAUCAGAACUCCAUGCAGUUCAGCAAUCCUAGUGGCUCUCUGGUCACCCCUUCCCUGGUGACAUCAUCGCUCACGGACCCACGGCUCCUAUCCCCCCAGCAGCCAGCACUACAAAGAAACAGCGUUUCUCCAGGCCUGCCCCAGCGGCCCGCUAGUGCAGGAGCCAUGCUGGGUGGAGACCUCAACAACGCUAAUGGAGCCUGUCCCAGCCCUGUCGGGAAUGGCUACGUCAGCGCCCGGGCUUCCCCUGGCCUCCUCCCUGUGGCCAAUGGCAACAGCCUAAGCAAGGUCAUCCCUGCCAAGUCUCCACCCCCACCCACUCACAGCACCCAGCUGGGAGCCCCCAGCCGCAAGCCUGAUCUGCGGGUCAUUACUUCCCAGGGCAGCAAAGGGUUAAUGCAUCACUUGACUGAGGACCAUUUAGACCUGAACAACGCCCAGCGCCUUGGGGUCUCCCAGUCUACCCACUCUCUCACCACCCCAGUGGUUUCCGUGGCAACACCGAGUUUACUCAGCCAGGGCCUCCCCUUCUCCUCCAUGCCCACUGCCUACAACACAGAUUACCAGCUGCCCAGCGCAGAACUCUCUUCCCUACCAGCCUUUAGCUCACCUGGGGGGCUGACACUAGGCAACGUCACCGCCUGGCAACAGCCCCAGCAGCCACAGCAGCCACAGCAGCCACAGCCUCCACAGUCACAGCCACAGCCACCACAGCCACAGCAGCCACAGCAACCACCUCAGCAACAGCCCCACCUGGUCCCUGUGUCUCUCAGCAGCCUCAUCCCAGGCAGCCCCUUGCCCCAUGUGGGUGCUGCUCUCACCGUCACCACCCAUCCACACAUCAGCAUCAAGUCAGAACCAGUGUCCCCAAGCCGUGAGCGCAGCCCUGCACCUCCUCCACCAGCUGUGUUCCCAGCUACCCACCCUGAGCCUGGUGACGGUCUCAGCAGCCCAGCGGGGGGAUCCUAUGAGACCGGGGAUCGGGAUGAUGGACGGGGGGACUUCGGGCCCACACUGGGCCUGCUGCGCCCAGCCCCAGAGCCUGAGGCUGAGGGCUCAGCUGUGAAGAGGAUGCGACUGGAUACCUGGACAUUAAAGUGAUGGUUUCCACUUCCUCCUCUCAGCCUCCCUGAUGAAGAGUUGACAAUCUCACCGCCCACCCCUCCCUGUCCUGGGCUCCUCCCGCUCGACCCCCCCUUCUGCUCCAUGUCCUGUUGAUGGUUACAUUUGUGUAUAAUUAUUAUUAUUAUAUUAUUAUUAUUAUUAUAUUUUUUUUUAAUUUGGAGUCUCACUUUGGAGAGAGGGAUAUUCUUGCCCCUUUCUUGCCCCCACCGUUUUCUCCGGUAGGGACUCUCUUUAUCGUGGGAAGGCGGGGGGACACUUUGCACGUUGUACACAUAUGCUGCAGGAAGGGGGUGGGGCGGCCCAGUAGGCCUUGGGGAAGGAUAGGUGCCGAGCCCUGCAUGUGGCGCCCUCCCAUCCCAUUCCCAGACAGUUGUAAAGAACCAAAAACUACCCAACAACAAAAACCCGGACAGUAGACUGAAACCCCAAAGCUGGCUUGAUGAUGGGUUUGUGUCUCAGGAGAUAGGAGGAGGCAGAGGCUCUGCUUCUGGUCUGUUCACAUGGCUAAUACCAUCCUGGUCCCUUUGGCUCCCUAAACCCACACCAUUCUCACUGACUCUCUGUGCUGCACCCCAAGCCCUGGGUGCUAGGAAGGCUGCCUAGAAGUCUGAGGCUAGAGCAGGGGCUUUAGGUGAGAACCUCUCUGGAAGUACAUUGGAGAGACAGCUGUGGGAAGAGGGCUGAGGAGGGCAGAAGGGCUGGGGGUGGUGAAUGGGGACUUGCCACCCCCAGCAUUUCCUCUAAGAUGUACAGUGCAAUAGCUCCCCAUCCUUCAGCCUACCCCAGCCCUAGAAAGCUGGCCAUGUGCUAGAAUUGGGAGAGAACCUUCAGUGAGGUGGCUCCAGGGUGGGCCAGAGUUAGCCUUUGGUUCCCCUGGGGUGCCAAGGGCUGAAGGCCUGGCAUGGAGAGGUUACUUCUCUGCCUUGCACAUCCAUACCCAGAGGAGUGCAUGCUGGGCACACAGGAUGGUCUGUGGGGCUGGAGGUCCCUAUAGAUGAGGCCCCCAAGGCCCUUCUCCUAAGCCUUCCUCCCAGCUCCUCCUCUUGACCCACCUCUCAGCUCUUGGCACCCUCCUUGUCUCGCUACCUCCUGUCCCUCCACCUCCAGGCCGCAUCCCACCUGCCCUCUUGCUACUGUAAUUGUAAAUAGCGACCUUUCGAAACGUUAGAGUAUAACAGUCCAGGAAACUGUUGUGUUUUUUGUUGUUGUUGUUGUUGUAUUGAUAUGAAAUGAGAUUCUAUUUUUGUCAAAGUAUAUUGUAAUAAUAAUGACUCAAACGGCCCGUACUGUACAGAUGAGAUUCUUUCGCUGUUCUUGCUCCCUUCCUCUCCCAGAGUUGGCCUGCUUUGUUGCCUUCUCAGUGGGGCAGCAAGCAAAUGCCCAGGGCCAGUGAAAGCAUGGGGUUCUGGGACCUCAGCUGGAUCUGAGAUCAAACUAGAGCAGACAGGCUCUCAGCUUGCUCUGUCACCACUCCACCCUCCGCAGAAGCCCAGCUCCUCUGCCCCCAGGUCAGGGGAGACCUGACAUACACUUCCUUGGGGCUUUCUCCCAGUUGGAGAGUAGAUUUAGACACAGCCCAUUGUUGUGGUAGAUGCUCUUUGCCCACCUGUGACCCAACCUUUUGUAGUAUUUCAACACUUGAUGCAGGGAAGGAGCCAGAAGCAGAAGGGUGUGAACGUGCUCAUGAGGGCGUGUCUGGGUGCACCCUGUAUUUUUGUGUUCCUGUGAGCUGUGUGGAUGUACCUUUGUGUGCCUCUGAGUCCAAGGGGUGUAUUCGUGGCUCUUCAUGUGACUCAAGCUCCAAGGGCCUCUGUGUCUGUGUGGCUGGGUAUGUGUUUACAAAGGGACAGGUGGCUGUUGAGCCCCAUAGCCCAGGCUUCUAGCUCUAACCCUCACUCCCUUCUUCCCUGGGCUGCUCUCAGCCCUGACACGUUUGUACUUAAGUUAGGGGGACUUACCAGUCAGCCUUCUCUUUUCUCCCUACAGCCUACCUCCACCAGGGCUUCCCUCCAGAAGCUCUGUCUCUAUAUGGCUGUCCACUAGUCCCCACCCUAAACAGUUCUGACUAGUUUGUGGAAUAAACUCAAGUUCCUCUUCCUUCUGGGAGCUUUGACUUCCACAAGGCAGUGACCCUCCCUUACCCAGAGUUUUACCCCAGCUGCUGACCAGGCAGGGGUGCCACAUGCCCGGCCUUCCCACCCCUCCCUAUGGUUCCUACAGGGAGUUUUGAGCAUUUGAUGGGAUUUACUCAAGGCCUUGAAAGAAGCCUGGGUAUAUUCCUGCGCACAUGUGCUCCCCAGAGCCCUGACAGUAGCUGGCACAUUGUAGGCACUCAAUAAAUGCUGAAUGGAUGAAUGAUAGGUGCUCAAUUAGUGUGGAAUGACUGGCCUUGACUAAGGCCAUUCUCACCAUCAUCAGUCUGCCCACCUUUCUAGGCUGAGCUUGGCCACCAUUACACACAGACUGGGGGUAAGGGCCCCCACAGUUGACGGUGCAAUAUUCACCAGUUUUGCCAUCUGCCUCUUGAAGGCAAACCUGGCUUUUGAUUACCAUGUACGGGUGUGUGUGUGUGUGUGUGUGUGUGUGUGUGUGUGUCUGUGUCCUUUCUUCUCUGUCCCUGGCAAUCGGGGAUAGUCUGCGAAUGAAUAUGUGACAUUUCUGCAAUUCAGUAUCCCCAGGUUUCUCUUGGGGCUAUGUAGGGGCUUCUGGCUGGCCAGGUAAAUGGAUCCCUGGGAACCCAGACCUCAAAUAAGGACUUAAAUUUCUUCCUCUCACAAACCAAAUUUGCCUCCUAUCCACUCCCUCUACAAAACUGGGCAUUUGCCAAAGUAGCCACUGGCGUCAUCCAAUGCCCUUCCCAUCCAGGUUUCCCUCAACUUUCAGGGAUAGUGGGACAGAGGGCCACCCCCACAUGCCUCAGUGGGACACAUUUCCCCCAACAGUGCACUCAGUGCAGUAAGAAAGACCCCUGACCCCACCCAUCCCUCCCCACCAUGGACAGGAAGGAAGAAAGAAAUGCACCUUCUCUUGCUGAUUAUUUAUUUGUUUGGAGAGACAGAAAUGAUGUAAAAGUGUAUCUAGAAAUAUCUAUAUCUAUAUAUUUUUAACUGACUCUUUGGAAUCCCCUGGCAGGGGAAUUUGGGCUCUCCUAAGAGGCUGGAAGACAUGGAGCCUGGGAGCUCUUGUUCUACCCUCAUCUGCCUCAUACCCCUUAAGCAGCUGAUGGAAGGACUGGGAUUUGCAUGGGGCAAGGAGGACUGAGAUAUUACAAGGAGAGUCUGGAUUCUCUGCUCUACCCCAUUCAAGCCCCAGAGAGGGCGGGGGGAGGCAAGGAGGGAGGGAGGGUAGGGCCAGCCACAGAGGUGACCCACCCCCAAACUUGACAAUCACCCACACUCCUGGCUCCUGGGUCCUGGGAGCAGGGUGAGUCCAAGUGUGUGGCUGUUGAUUUGUUUUUAAUAUUUCUUUUCGUGCUGUAUGGUGAUGCUUUCUAGUAUUCUGCACAAUAAGAAAAGACAAAGUCCUCGAGAUUCUUACGAGUUUGGUUUGAAAACUCUUUCACUAUAUUUGUUGUAAAGAGGUUUACUAUUAAAAGAAAAAAAAAAGAACACGUUUCUGAUACUUCA